GGGCGACCAAUUCUUCAUCCUGCAUUACUGUUCCUACUCGAUCCCCCAGAAAAACAAGCGACGAGAUGGAUGAGAACCCGUUCAACGCUGCCUCUCAGGGCGCUGAGGAGAUUGAUCUCUAUGAGCUUCUGAGUAUCGACAGAACAGCAACACCAGACCAGAUCAAGAAGGCUUACCGCAAGGCCGCCCUCAAGUAUCACCCAGACAAGGUUCCCGAAGAGCAGCGAGAAGAGUCCGAAGCCAAGUUCAAGGAAGUCACCCAGGCCUACGAGAUUCUCAGCGAUGAGCAGAAGCGCGAGCUCUACGACGUCCACGGCAUGGCCGCCUUCGACAAGUCCCGCGGCGGCCCCGGUGGCCCCGAGGUCGACCUCAACGACAUCCUCUCCCAGAUGUUCGGCUUCGGCAUGGGUCCCGGAGGCCCUGGCGGUCCCGGUGGUCCUGGCGGCCCCCGCCGCCCGAGACGAGGUCCCGACGAGGACCAGGAGUACAAGGUGACGCUGGAGGAGCUCUACCGCGGCAAGACUGUCAAGUUUGCCGCCAACAAGCAGGUUCUCUGCGGUCAGUGCAAGGGCUCUGGCGGCAAGGAGAAGGCCAAGUCUUCGGCUUGUGAGCGCUGCAAGGGUAACGGCAUCGUCGAGGCCUUCCGCCAGAUCGGCCCCGGCAUGAUGCGACGAGAGACUGUGCUGUGCGACCACUGCCAGGGCGCCGGCCAGGUCUUCAAGGAGAAGGACCGCUGCAAGAAGUGCAAGGGCAAGCGGACAACCCAGGAGAAGAAGGUCCUCGAGAUCUACAUCCCUCGAGGUUCCAUGCAGGGCGAGCGCAUCGUCCUUGAAGGUGAAGCCGACCAGUACCCGGACCAGACCCCUGGAGAUAUUGUCUUCACUCUGGUCGAGGAACCUCAUGACAUCUUUAACCGUAUCGGCCACGAUCUGUCGGCCGAGUUGACUGUGACGCUGGGCGAGGCUCUAUCGGGCUUCUCGCGGACAGUGCUCAAGCACCUCGACGGCCGAGGGAUCCGCAUCGAGAGACCACGAGGCAAGAUCCUGCGACCCGGUGACAUCCUCAAGGUGCCCGGCGAGGGUAUGCCCAUGAAGCGAGGCGAUGCCAAGGGUGACCUCUACCUGAUUGUCAAGGUCGAGUUCCCCGAGGAUGGUUGGCUGAAGGACGACUCGGCGUAUGAUGCCCUGCAGAAGAUGCUCCCUGCUGCCCCCAAGGACAUUGAAGCCGAAGAGGUUGAUGACGUUGAGUACGAGGACGACGCCGACAUCGAAAAGAUGGGCGAGAGCGCUGGUGAACGGUUCGGCGACCAGUGGGAGGAUGACGACGAUGACAUGGGCGAUGGCCAAGCGCAGUGCCAGACGCAGUAAGCAUAUAAUCAUGUGCAUGAAGCGAGCAUAGAGCAGCGCAGGCCUAGAGACGACGCGAGUAUCUGUCUUGGGUUAAUGAAGUGACGACGAUUUCAAGAUCAGGGGGCAGUCAGCUCAAGCCAAGGCGGCCAGAAGGAGCUGACAGAGCCCAAAAGAUACCAGGAAUCUUUUUCAAAAAGGGGACAAACAGAGAGAUGAUGGUCAAUGUUUUUGUUACGGAUGAGGAUCAUCCAUGGAUUGCAUCACCACUCUUGGAUUCGGAAGAAGGGACUGGGUUUCACUCCGGAAGAUGAGUGAAGGGUUCCCUUGCAUGGGAAAAAAAGACAAAAUAGAUGCCCGUGCAUAUAGGAAAACAUGUGCAUUAGAACUUGACGUAGACUGUUGAUGAUUUGAACAGUUCGAGGC